CUCGGGAAGAUCGCAUUCUUCCUCAACGACCAAGUUCCUGAGCAUCCAUCAUGCUCAUGAUUCGUAUCACUGCAAGCGAAGGCUGAGAAAGCAUGCGUUUUUUCUGCCUGUCUCGCUUUCUUUCCACAUUCUACUUAGUACUUAGUCUCCAGAGCUGGUCUCUCCUUCCACUCACAGAACUGGUUUCUCUUGAGUAUCCCCUUGAAAAUAACUCGCAAUGAUUCUUUUUCGCCUUUUUCCCAACAUUUUUGCUUUUGCUCUUAUCACGUCGAGCAUGGCUGUAAACCUUCCUCUGCGUCCAAUGACCCAGCCCCAGACAACUCGACCAUCAGCUCAGUCUUCAUCGAAAGAAGUAGUCGGAUUCCUACAAAGACCCACCCAAGCGCUCUUUCGGGAGCUCAACACUGCAGGAACGCUCACUGCAGCACUUACGCAAGCUGUGGAGGAGAAUCGAUAUGGUGUCCUUGACAAUAAUUGUGGAAUUCAACGUGACCCUACGGACUUGAUAUGUGUGAUACGUGCUCCAACUUCCGCAUUCGUCCACAAGCUCUUCAUUCAACAUCGAGGACCCAUCCAUAACAAAUUUGAGCAAGCCACGAUUGAUAAAGAGAUCGAGAGUCGAUUCAAACCUGCUCAGGAUGUUAUCCUGUUCAACCGAUCAAUGUCUGACCGAACUCCAAAUUGGGUAACAAUGUUGAUCCCACACCGGUAUCUUGUGAAGUCUACGAGCAAACCCACUCAUCCCUUUGGAGAGAAUAGUCUUCAGCUCGAGGUUUCAUGUGGCCCAAUUGGUGAUUAUAAGGGACCGAGAAUGGUAAAUUGGGCACAGCUAUGGCCAGGUGCAUAUUUUCCACCUGAGCUUAGUGAAGCAUUGAAAGAUAUACAGCAUUGGUACGAAAACCAGGACUAUCAGUAUUGGUAGUAGGCCGUACCCUUUUGUUGUAAUAUAACUAUCGGUAAGUAUCGGCGGCAUUCAUGUUUUCAUGGCGGGCGAAGUUCAUCGACCAAAUGACUAUUACCAUUUAUCUUUCGCUGAACUCGCUUAAUUACUCUUCUACUACAUACCUUGUGAAGACUGGAGAUGUUUCAGUGCUUGAGCUCGGAGUGUCGCAUAGCAGCGCCUACUGACUUA